CCAAACCAAGCGGAAAGCGCCGUUUACCCCGUAAAAAUAUGGACGGCCCGCCCACAAUUUGCGUGAGGGAAACGACCGCAAACAGUUAACCCACGCACGCGACUAUUGGCGCGCUGGAAAAGCCGUCGUCUUUUAUCUGUGUCGCGAAUUCUAAAAAUGCUCAAAAUAUCUCGAAUUUCGCAUGCUCCAAAAGUCGCCGUCAACCUUAGCUGACUCAAUAUUGAUCGAUCGUUCAAUCAAUCUAUAGUUCCGAAAUAAAAUCAUGACGGCAAACCUCGGACUCGUGAUCGUCGCCGUCGACGGAAGCGAAGAGAGCAUGUACGCCUUGAGAUGGGCGAUCGAAAAUCUCAAGCUCCGAUCUCCUGCUCCCGAUUCUACUGAAACCCCUCCUGGUUCCUUCUUUAUUCUACACGUCCAAUCUCCACCGACCAUCGCUACCGGUCUCAAUCCCGGCGCCAUCCCCUUCGGCGGCCCCAGUGAUUUGGAAGUGCCUGCGUUCACUGCGGCGAUCGAGGCGCACCAGAGGCGUAUUACAGAAGCUGUUUUAGAACAUGCGUUGGAUAUUUGCCGCCAAAAAAACGUUGAGGCAAAUGUGAAAACACAAGUGGUAAUUGGGGAUCCAAAGGAGAAGAUUUGUGAAGUAGCUGAGAAAAUGCAUGCUGACUUACUUGUGAUGGGGUGCCGUGCUUUUGGCCCUAUUAAAAGGAUGUUUUUAGGAAGUGUAAGCAACUAUUGUACCAACCACGCAGAGUGUCCUGUCAUUAUUGUCAAGGGCAAGGGCGCUUCAUCAUAAAUUAAAAGAGAUCAAAAGCAUGCUGUAGAUGUGGAGUGCUUUUGUGACGUGUGACCGAUACUGUCCUCUUGUUGAAUAUGGAAAUCUGCAGAAGCAAUUUGGGGUACCUGUGAUUAUCUCUGGUGUGCAAGUUCAUUUUUGCCUUUUCUGAGAAUGGUUUUGGAGGAAAUACUUGAGCCUGAACAGUGAAAUCACUCUUGUUUGUGCUGUGCUGUUGCUAGUGUGUGUGUGUGUAUCAAUUUGUUAUUCAAUGCAUUUAUUUGACAUUUUUGUGGGCAUUACUGAAUGUAAAUCGUGAAAAUUGCUUGCUUUUGUCAGCUAACAGGCCGUGAUUCAGGUGUGAUCACUGAUCAUCUAUAACUAGUAGGAUAGCCACACUGCAAUACAAAGCUCUCACUCAUGUCUAACGACUGAGUUGAACUGAAUGGCCUCACACCUCUACUUUUCUUGUAUUAGCACAUGGGGUACCUUGUCGAAUUUGUGGCAAGCUGUAUUGUAUUUGCUUUUGGUUGAAUUUGUUAUUUUUUGAAAUAAGACUCAUCAAAGAAAGAAGUUGAGUUGUAACUUCCCUCAAAUAUUAGAUGAAUAUAUGCUGCUUUUAACUUGGAA